UCUCCUCUGAUGCAUCCUCCGGAAAGUGUGAGGAUCAAGUCACAUACGGGCAUUUUGACCAUGCUUUGCGAGAAGCGGACUUUGAAUUGGAACAUGUACUCGGGCUGGGACUGAUGACGUUUCACGAGCCCACGAGAAAACAAGUCGAGGAAAGUACGCACAAGUACGCAUAUUGAGAAACGCCGCAAGAGGACCCAGAGUCUCCACAGAUUAAAGAGGAACUGGAGGAACUCUGCACCAGCCCGGAGGGAGAGCAGCUUGAGCUGAAGCAGGAGACUGAGACCUUCAUGUUGACUCCUAAUCAUGAGGGUAUUUUCCUUCAUUUGCUCUCUUGCUGAUAAUUGUUUACAGGGCCCUUGUUACUGUUAUCUAGCGGCUAAAGUUGUAUUUUUUAUGUUAAAUAAUUGUCUUUGAAAUAACUCAAAACAUCAGUUGACGUAGAGAGGAGAGAAAAACAUAUAUAAAAAGGCGGAACCAAAAAAACAACUCGUAUCCAACGUCGGAACUUGACAGUGUGACACCUAGCGGAAGUAAACAACGGAGUUAGCGGGGAAAAUAUGUAACGUUAGUAGUCUCCGCCGAGGUAAAACAACAAUGUCGUCAGUUGAGAACAUGAGAAAGUUUGUCCACGAGCGGCUGACUGCUGCUGCGGAAGAAAUAUUCGGAGUUUUUGAAAAAACUAUCUUCGAGUAUCAGGAAGAGGUCGACCGUCCGCGCAGACUGCUGGACAUCUUUUGGAAACCUGAAAUAAAGCUACAUAGAACAGAGCUCCCAGAGCAACAUGUCUGUAAGGAAGAAGAGGAAGAGGAGGUUCUCUCUGAGCAGCAGCUCUGUAUUCAGGACAGGAGCUCCAGUCUGGACCAAGAGGACCCAGCGCCUCCACAGACCAAAAAGGAACAAGAGGAACUCUGCACCAGUCCAGAGGGAGAGCAGCUUGAGCUGAAGCAGGAGAAGGAGACCUUCAUGUUGACUCCUACUCAUGAGGAAACGGACCACAGUGAGCCAGAACCCACAACUGACCACCAGCUCGUAGCUGAGAGCCCAGAUCGUAAAGGAAGUGAGCAUGAAGACUCUGAAUCAACCAGAAAUCCAGAGCCAGAACCAAAGAAAAUAGAUCCCAAAAAUAGAAGUCACUGUGACGAUGAGAACUUGUUAAAGAUUCCCAAUGAUACUCAAAUCGGGAAAGCACUUUUCCAAUGUGAUACAUGUGGAAAAACAUUCAAGUGCAGGUCAGGUUUGUCUUCACACCAGAGAACCCACACAGGUGAUAAGCCAUUUACUUGCAAAACAUGUGGAAAGAGUUUUGGACGUAGUGGUAACUUUACGGUCCACAUGAGAACGCACACAGGUGAGAAGCCUUUUACUUGCAAAACAUGUUCGAAGAAUUUUGGAAAAAGUAGUCAUUUGACGGUCCACAUGAGAACACACACAGGUGAGAAGCCAUUUUCUUGCAAAAUAUGUGGAAAGGAUUUUCAAUAUAGUUAUCACUUGACAAGCCACAUGGGAACACACACAGGUGAGAAGCCAUUUUCUUGCAAAACAUGUGGAAAGGAUUUUAUAUCUAAUGCUAGCUUGACGGUCCACACAAGGACACAUACGGGUGAGAAGCCAUUUUCUUGCAAAAUAUGUGGAAAAGAUUUUCGAUAUAGUUGUCACUUGAAAAGCCACAUGAGGACACACACAGGUGAGAAGCCAUUUUCUUGCAAAACAUGUGGAAAGGAUUUUCAAUAUAUUUAUCACUUGAAAAGCCACAUGGGAACACACACAGGUGAGAAGCCAUUUUCUUGCAAAACAUGUGGAAAGAGUUUUGGACGUAGUGGUAACUUGACGUUCCACAUGAGAACACACCCAGGUGAGAAGCCAUUUUCUUGCAAAACAUGUGGGAAGGAUUUUAUAUCUAAUGCUAACUUGAAGGUCCACACAAGGACACAUAUGGGUGAGAAGCCAUUUACUUGCAAAACAUGUGGAAAGAGUUUUAGAUUUAGUGCUAGCUUGAGGGUCCACAUGAGAACACACACAGGUGAGGAGCCAUUUUCUUGCAAAAUAUGUGGAAAAGAUUUUCGAUAUAGUUAUCACUUGAAAAGCCACAUGAGAACACACACAGGUGAGAAGCCAUUUUCUUGCAAAACAUGUGGAAAGGAUUUUCAAUAUAUUUAUCACUUGAAAAGCCACAUGGGAACACACACAGGUGAGAAGCCAUUUUCUUGCAAAACAUGUGGAAAGAGUUUUGGACGUAGUGGUAACUUGACGUUCCACAUGAGGACACACACAGAGGAGAAGCCAUUGACUUGCAAAACAUGUGAAAAAGAUUUCAGUCGUAAUUCAGCCUUGUUGGUUCACAUGAGAAGAGCCCACUCUGGGGAGAAGCCAUAACUACGAGACCUGUGGGAAAACAUAUUUUGAGGCUACUCCAUUGACGAGGCUUAUAAGAUCAUACAUACAACAAAAUGCCACCGUUAUUCUUUGUCAACAUCCUCUACAUGUUAAUUAUGAAAACAGGUAUUUGCCAUGAGAACAGAACUUUUCGGACACCACCAAAUAUGUAAGAGCUGGUAGUUGAUGUUCUAAAGAAACCAAAGACUGUUUUUUUCCCUUUAUAAAUGCAUGACAAUAAAAUGGAUUGUACUGUG